UCUACUUUCAGUCGCUUUCGGCAACGCACCGUCCUGUGUAUCGCUGUGUAUUGUAACUCUUUUAACCUUACUGCCUAGUCAACAUGUCCCUCGUCGAGGAGCUUCGCAAAAUCCCACCAGUCACCCGCUUCCUUUGCGGGUCCUUGAUUUCGGUCACAGUGCCGAUGAUAUUGCAGGUCGUGUCGCCAUACAAGUUGUUGUUUGUGAGGGAGUAUGUCACCAAGCGGUACGAGAUAUGGCGAGCUUUCACGACCUUCUUCAUUGGAGGCACUGGGCUCAACUUCAUAUUCGAUAUUGCGAUGUUCUACCGGAAUUCCGAUGAGCUAGAGUCAAAACACUUCGCGGGUCGGUCCGCAGACUAUGCGUGGCAGGUCUUCCUUGCUAGCCUGAGCAUUCUGGGCUUCAACCUUCCCCUCCGCACGUUCGUGCACACUCGCGCGCUCCUGAUCGCGCUCACAUACGUCUCUUCCAUGCUCGCGCCCCCAGGCUCCCAAACGACCUUUUGGGGCUUGAUCACGUUCCCCGUGAGGUAUCUCCCCUACGUCUUCAUUGCCAUGGACUUCCUCAUGGGCGGCCCGCAAGCCGCCGCCGUGAGCAUCUCAGGGGCCGUCGUCGGUCACCUGUGGUGGUGGGGCGUCUGGGACACCGGCGUGCUGAGGAACUUGGCCGCCGCGCCGCGAUUCGUGCGUGCUCUCAUGGGCGAAGAUAGCGAUGGGCGGCCUAGGCCCCUUGGAGGGGGUGUACACGUCGUUCCACCGAGAAGAGACGGGCCUGUGCGGCAGGCUGGUCGUGGCUGGGGUUCUGGGCAGAGGUUGGGUUCGUAGAGAACAUGAUACGGAUGGAGAUGCGAUGAGUCUCCGGACAAUGACUUACUGGUACAGAAGCAUAUGUGUGUAAGUCGCGUUGUAUCUCCGCUUGAAGGUCUGACAGAUCAUGAUGUGUAGCUACCGCUGAUAUUUCAAUCUGUACCGAUGUAA